CUAUACAAUGUGCUUAUAUCUGACCUGCUUAUGUUAUGUAUACAUACAAAUCCGGUUUUGGUUUUCAUUCGGUUUAUAAAUUCUGGAAACGAAGUGUAGUUUUGUUUGGAUUUGGUUUUCUUAUUCGGUUCGGUUCUGAUCACUAUCUCUGUUCGGAUAACUCUAUGGUUUGGUUUUCAAAAUCAGUUAAAACCGAGUGGGCAACUCUUGACUUAUAUAAGUGACUGUAUGUAGUAGAGUUGUUUUCUUCAUAAGCUUAUCUUAAGAGCUCCAAGACAAAGAGAAAGGGAAAGAUAGUAACCAAGCAUGAAGAGUUUGUUGAUCUGUGUUGUGUUGUUAGAACUUGUCUGGUUUGGCCAUGGCCAAUCUGGAGAUCAUCAUCCUCUUGCUCCAGCUUUCUUUGUCUUUGGAGAUUCCUUAGUCGACAGUGGAAACAACAAUUACAUUCCAACUCUCGCACGAGCUAAUUAUUUCCCUUAUGGAAUUGAUUUUGGCUUCCCAACUGGUCGUUUCUGCAAUGGCCGUACAGUUGUUGAUUUUGGAGCAACAUACCUCGGCUUGCCAUUGGUGCCACCAUACUUAUCUCCUUUAUCCAUUGGGCCAAAUUCCUUAAGAGGGGUUAACUAUGCAUCUGCAGCAGCUGGGAUUUUAGAUGAAACCGGACAACAUUAUGGAGCAAGAACUACAUUUAAUGGACAGAUAUCACAGUUUGAGAUUACAAUCGAGUUACAUCUCCGGCGUUUCUUUCAAAACCCUGCGGAUCUGAGGAAGUAUCUUGCGAAAUCGAUAAUUGGGAUCAAUAUAGGAAGCAAUGAUUAUAUCAACAAUUACCUUAUGCCUGAGAGAUACUCCACCAGCCAAAUCUACAGUGAAGAAGAGUAUGCAGAUCUCCUGAUCAAGACUCUGUCAGCUCAAAUAUCAAGGCUAUACAACUUAGGUGCAAGAAAAAUGGUGUUAGCUGGGUCAGGACCAUUAGGUUGCAUACCAAGUCAGCUAUCUAUGGUAAGCGCUAACAAUAACAGCAGGUGUGUGAUAAAGAUCAACAAUAUGGUAUCGAUGUUCAAUAUCCGCCUGAAAGAUCUAGCAAAUACUCUCAACACAACUCUUCCGGGAUCAUUCUUUGUCUAUCAAAACGUUUAUGAUCUGUUUCAUGAUAUGGUUGUGAAUCCUUCUAGAUAUGGUCUUGUAGUGGCAAAUGAAGCGUGCUGCGGUAACGGGAGAUAUGGAGGAGCCUUAACAUGCCUUCCGUUGCAGCAACCAUGUUUGGAUAGGCAUCAGUAUCUCUUUUGGGAUGCAUUUCAUCCAACAGAAACUGCCAACAAAAUCAUAGCUCACAAUACCUUCAGCAAGUCUGCAAACUACUCCUAUCCAAUCAGUGUCUAUGAAUUAGCUAAACUGUAGAGAAAUGUGUCUCAAAGCUAGAUUACUUCCACAAUUUAAGAUUUCCUCAGUUUUCUAGUUUCUAGUUAGAAAAAAUUAAGUAUGGGAUGGGAUUUGUAUGUAACAAUUGCCCAAAUCUUUAAGAUCACAUCUAUAUUCCAUGUUAUGAGUUAAACCUUUCUCUUACUCAUACUUAUAAGUUUUAGCUAACAAGACAUUCUUGAACUAGCAGGUCAUUAUUUGCACAGGGAAGCUUAAAUUUAGUAAAAAAGGAAUUUUAGCAUAGAAAACUAAAAUAAAGCAUAUAUAUAUAUUUCAUGUGGACGAGACAGAUAUAAAGAUGAACUUUUCAUAUCCAGUGAAUGUUAAUUUACAGAAAGCUAGAAACAAGUUUAUCUUACAG